AUGUCACGUCAAAGUGGAAGAAGUCGUUUUAACAACAACUAUCGUAGUCGUGGUGGACGUGGUGGCGGAUUUCGUGACUCGCGAAUUUAUUAUGGCAAUAAUAACAACAAUAGUCAAGGACGUUAUUAUUUUCAAAAUAUUCCAAAUAUUCCAGCAGUAAAUUUUAAUCGUAAUGAUAAUAAUAGUUUAUCUCCAAUUAAUAAUAAAAAUGGUGCUGCUGUUUACAAUGGUCAGGGUAUUAUUCUUUCGAACGAUAAUAAUAACAACAAUGGAAACGAAGUAAAUAUUUUCGACGCGGUUGAAGAAUUUCUUGAUUUAGAGGAAGGCUUUAACCAACAGCAAGAUAUAUCAUCUUCAUCACCAAACAAUAAGAACAUCAAUAACGGAAAUGACAACAAUAAGAAUUAUCAUAAAAACAACAACAUCAUUGAUGAAACUAACAAUAAUAAAUGCAUUUCCGAUAAAAUUUUAACCAACACCAACGCUGACAAUCUUACCCUUAAAAAACUUGCUCAAUCAUUUAUGGAAUUUAAUGAAUUAUUAACUUCGACAUUUGAUCAACGUGGGGGUAUUGAUGAUAAUAAAACAAAUAUAGAUGUAGAUUUAAAAUCAACUUCUACCAUUAUUAUUCCGAAUGUCGGCAAUGGUUCUUAUUCGCCUACUAUGACACCAUCACCACCUCCUCCAUCAAUGACCGGUGCUAGUACAUCAGAAGAAAUAGAAAUAAAAUCAAAUGUUGUUGUUAAUAUUAGCAACAUUGAAAAUGUCGAAGAAAAUGAUAAUGCAAAUUUUCGACCAAAAAAUUUAGAAGAAUCUAUUGCCGAAAACGUUCAUUCUUCUGCUUCAACAACCCCUAAUGAUUCACCAAAAACCUUAAUGAGCCAACAACAGGAACAACGACUUAUAAUUCCUUUUGUAUCACCUCCACCAGCUCUUUCACCAGUCUUUUCAACAUUGUCCUCAACAAAAACUUUUAAUCAAAAAGAAGAUGAAACUGAUACAAUAACAAAAGAUUCAGAUAACAAUUCUAAUUCUAAACCUCUUUCUCUCUGCAAUAACAAUAAUCAUAAUUAUUACGACGUGAUUAUUGAUAACAUCAAAAAUCAAAUAUUUUUAAUUGAAGAAUUAUUUCAAAAAGAAAAAAUUCGUUACGAAACAAGAUUUAAUUAUUUGGAUUCAAUAAUUGAUUUAUUUCUUCAAAUGCAAAAUCAAUUAAACAAAAUGAAAUUGUAA